AAUCAAAGUUGGCUGUAGCCGCCACGCACAUUAUUCGAGAUGUCCUACAUACUUCACUUCUCAACUUUGCUCAAUCUUUAGCUGAAAUUUCCGGAUUCUUCAGCAUUCUUCAAAACGAACUUAGUAUCCUCGCUCGCAACAGCGAUGCUAGCAUUACAAAGUUGCACUAUUACAAGUGUAGAAAUAAAGUACCAGCCAUCGUCGCUGCCUGUCAGUUUUACAUGAAAAGCAUCCCUGACUGCCAAACUGAGCUCUUAUGCAUUCCCAAUGACUGUGAUAAAAAUUAUGUACAACAAUGGCUUAUCGAAAAAAAGGCAAAGAUUGGAAAUGUACAUCUUUCUGAAGCACUGACACAUAGUAAUCCAUAUGAUGACGAUUACUAUGAUAAUGACGAUAAUGACGAUAAUGACGACCAUUAUGAUGAUAAUGAUAGUUUCGGUAGUGAUAACUGA